AUGUCAUAAGAAUAAAUUGGCAUAAGCAAAAGAAAUUCGAAUCCACAUGCUCAUAGUCCGUCUCAUCAUAAAUUUAAUAGCGACUCUCCUUUUAUUGCACAUAAAUUUGAUAAACAUGACUAACAUGAUUCAUAGUAAUUUUUGCAUAAUUUUUCGACAACUAUCCAUAAUAGGGAGAAGUCUUAAGAAAAAUUAUAAGAUUUUGUUGAAAAAGAAGAACAUAAUAGCAUACUUCAUAUGCACUCUCUGACUAAUACGAAUAUGAAAAAAAGUAGCUUUAGAAGAUUGAGUAAUGCCAAUAUGAACCGUUUAAGCGAAUUUCAUAGCUAAUUAAUAUAGAAUAUACAUAAUAAACAUAGGUAGAGAUAAUCUAUUUUGUAGGCUUCAGCUCUGAAUUUUAAUUUUGAUGAUAUGAUUGAUAAAGUAUAAGAAAUUGAUGAUGGAAAGCUUGUAGUAAAAAUAGGCGAUUAAGUGAAUAGAUAUACAAUAGGUCCUAAUAUGAUAGCUUUCUUUGAUUAGGAGACGAAAUAAAAUAUAUCUAAUAUUUAAAAGCCACUUUAUUAACGUAUUCCUGUCUUUCUCUCUUGGUUUUUAGUAUUUUAUGCAGCUAUAAAUGGUGCUUGUAUUCCUCCAUGGAUUGUGUCUGUACCUGAAGAAAAGUAUUUGCGUAUUUCUUGGAGAUUCUUUUUGCAAACAUUCAUGAUGAUCCCUUUCCUCUUAUAUGAAAGAAGAAAUAUCCCUGAAGAUAAAAAGUACUAGUAUGAAUUUAGUUAUAUUUUUAAAUUAGAAAAUAUUAAGAAAGUUUUUAUGGUUGCAUUUACAAAUUCUAUUUGGUUUACUAUGGUUUUAUUUGCUUUUGAAUGGAACUUUAUAUCUCAUGCUUUAGUACUUUCUGGGCUUAGUUAAUUAUUUUUCAGCAUUCAUAGACGUUUAAAUAAAGAAGAAAAUCAUGAUUACGAGUAUGGUGGUUAAGCAAUGGUUAUAUUUGGAGUUUUUUGUAUCCUUGCAGAUACUCUUACUUAUAAUUCUAAAGAAGCUCCACCCUCAACUAAAAACUAUAGCAACACAUAUGUUUAUUUUCGUGAGCCAUGGUAAAGAUUGAUAAUAGGCAACUUAACAUCUAUUUUAGUUAGUUUUUUAAUGUUUAAAAUGUCAAAGCACUAGGCAGAGUCUAGGUAAAUAUAUCCUCAGUUUUUAUCUAUGACUCUCGUUUUUCUGUUUACCUCUAUAAAUAUGACUAUGAGUAGUUAUUUUUUUGCAGGAAAUUAUUUGUUUAAUGAUGAAUUUUGGGGAUGGCUUGGUAUUUUUAACAGUGAAGAAUUCAGUGGUUUCUUAAUUAUGACUAUAAUUCUUGGUAUGGGCAAUUUUAUAACAAAUGUGUUAAUUAAUAAACUAUUUGAGCCAAUUGUACCUGCAACAAUUUCUCUAUUUGAACCAAUAUUUAGCACAAUAGUUUUAUAGAUAGCAGGUGUUUAGAUUAUGCCAAGAGGUUUAGCGUGUUUAGGCUACGUCUUUAUUGUUCCUGGGCUCUUUGUAAUUGUAUUAGGUUAACAUUUAUUAAGUGUUAGGAGAAAAUAAGAUGAAGAAAUAAAAAUAUAAGAACAAUUAUAAGAAGAAAUAAAUAGACUAGAGGCUUUACAGAUGCACGAAAUUAUAUAGAGUAGUGACUCUGAUGAUGAAAAUGAUAGCGAAAAUAAUGAUAGCGUUAAAUCAAUAGGCUCUAAAAAACCAAUUAAUUGA